GCCAAUCUAAAAAACGUGUCACUCAAAAGAAUUACAAGCGAAACCGAUUACUUCCACUCUCCCUUUUGGCGGGGGGAUUAGUUCGUGUGUUUUCUUUGUUGUUUCAUUCCUCCAGGGAAAAAGGGGCUGAGCAAAAAGAGCCGGCACGCAAGAAGACUCUGUUUCAGAGCCUUCGUUUUUGCUCCUGAAACCGACUUGGUAUUGGCCGCCUCUGUGUUUUGGUACAUGGGUACGUGAGAUUUUUGUUGGUCAUCCUGUGGUUGAGACUGAGCCUCUUCUCAAGCUGUGACCCCACUUGGGAGUUUUUGACAGAAUUUGUGUUGGUGGUACAGUUCUUUGUUGGAUUCGACAUGGAUUCCAAGUGAAGAUCGAAGUUGAGAUUUUAGGUUUCAGGCAUUUCUGUGAUUUCUGAUUGGUUUGGUUUGAAGGUUUGAGUUGUGUUCUGGUUCGUGGAGUGAGAGACUGCGGAAAGGGGAUAUCAGAGAGGGUAGGUGGUGAGAGCUGCAGAAUCAUUUGAACUGAGUUUCAAAUGGCUUCAAGAGUGGAGAUUGAAGAAGAGAAUGAUAGCACCAAAGGUAGUAUGUGGGUGUUGGAUCAGAAGCUUGAUCAGCCUAUGGAUGAGGAGGCUGGAAGGCUUAGAAAUAUGUACAGAGAAAAGAAAUUUUCUGCUGUAUUGCUUCUGCGGCUUGCAUUCCAGAGUCUUGGAGUGGUUUAUGGAGACUUGGGCACUUCCCCAUUGUAUGUUUUCAAAAAUACAUUUCCUCAUGGACCUGUAGAUCCUGAAGAUGUGAUUGGAGCCCUUUCCUUAAUUAUAUACUCGCUUACUCUUGUUCCACUCCUCAAGUAUGUUUUUGUUGUCUGUAGAGCGAACGACAAUGGUCAAGGUGGAACAUUUGCACUUUAUUCGUUGCUUUGUCGACAUGCAAAAAUAAAAACUAUUCCUAACCAACACCGAACUGAUGAGGAGCUAACAACGUAUAGUCGUUCUACUUUCCAUGAACAAUCAUUUGCUGCAAAAACUAAGAGGUGGUUGGAGGAAUAUGCAUUUAGGAAAAAUGCACUUCUUAUUCUUGUCCUUGUUGGCACUUGCAUGGUGAUUGGGGAUGGGAUUCUAACUCCAGCUAUAUCAGUUCUAUCAGCUGUUGGAGGAAUCAAGUUUGACAACCCCCAUAUGAGUAAUGGUGUGGUUGUACUUGUUGCCGUUGUAAUAUUAAUAGGAUUGUUUAGUUUGCAACACUAUGGUACAGAUAGAGUAGGUUGGCUCUUUGCUCCUAUUGUUCUGCUUUGGUUUCUCGUAAUUGGAGGAAUUGGCAUAUUCAACAUCUGGAAAUAUGAUAGUAGUGUUCUGAAAGCCUUUUCACCUUUUCAUAUAUUCCUGUAUUUUAGAAGGAGAGGAAAAGAUGGUUGGACUUCCCUUGGAGGUAUUAUGCUCAGUAUAACAGGUACAGAGGCACUUUUCGCUGACUUAGCCCAUUUUCCUGUUUCGGCUGUACAGAUUGCUUUCACCGUAGUCGUCUUUCCUUGCCUUCUUCUAGCCUAUUCUGGACAAGCUGCCUUCCUUAUGACUAAUAAAGAUCAUGCUGUUGAUGCAUUUUAUCGUACUAUUCCAGAUAGCAUAUAUUGGCCUGUAUUACUUAUUGCAACUGCAGCGGCUGUAGUUGCAAGCCAGGCAACUAUAUCUGCAACCUUUUCAAUAAUUAAGCAGGCUCUUGCACUUGGCUGUUUUCCAAGAGUCAAAGUUGUACAUACAUCCAAAACGUUCCUUGGCCAGAUAUAUGUUCCAGAUAUUAAUUGGAUCCUUAUGAUUCUUUGCAUUGCUGUGACUGCUGGAUUCAAAAAUCAAGGCCAAAUUGCAAAUGCUUAUGGAACGGCAGUUGUAAUAGUCAUGUUGGUAACCACAUUGCUCAUGAUUCUAGUCAUGUUAUUAGUGUGGCGCUGCCACUGGAUCCUUGUUCUGAUCUUUGCUGUCUUAUCACUGGUUGUUGAGUGCACUUACUUUUCUGCUGUACUCUUCAAGAUCGAUCAAGGGGGGUGGGUUCCCCUUGUAAUUGCAGCAGCCUUUCUUCUCAUCAUGUACGUUUGGCAUUAUGGUACGGUGAAACGCUACGAGUUCGAAAUGCACAGUAAGGUUUCAAUGGCAUGGAUUCUUGGGCUCGGUCCCAGUUUAGGGCUGGUCCGGGUCCCCGGGAUUGGACUCGUGUACACUGAGCUAGCAAGUGGGGUUCCUCACAUCUUUUCCCACUUCAUCACAAAUCUGCCUGCCAUCCACUCUGUUGUUAUGUUUGUCUGUGUGAAAUAUCUUCCUGUCUACACAGUCCCAGAAGAAGAGAGAUUUCUUGUAAAGCGGAUUGGACCCAAAAGUUUUCACAUGUUCCGAUGUGUAGCAAGAUAUGGCUAUAAAGACCUCCACAAGAAAGAUGAUGAUUUUGAGAAGAAGCUGUUCGACGCCCUCUUCUUGUUUGUCCGACUUGAAUCCAUGAUGGAAGGGUGUUCAGACUCUGAUGAGUAUAGUCUCUAUGGCCAGCAAACCCUGCAGUCUAGAGAUGGGCUGUUAGAUAACAAUGGCAACUCAAGUUCUUCCAACGUUGACACUGCUAUAUCGUCGGUGGACUCGAUCGUUCCUGUUAGAUCUCCACUGCAUGUAAACAGCACCGUAUGUUCAUCCGGUCAGGGAAGCGGUCAGACCGAGAUUGACGAGUUAGAAUUUUUGAAGAACUGCAGAGAUGCUGGGGUGGUUCAUAUAAUGGGAAAUACAGUGGUGAGAGCAAGGAGGGAUUCAAAGUUCUACAAGAAGAUAGCCAUUGAUUAUAUAUAUGCGUUUCUUAGGAAAAUAUGCAGGGAGAACAGUGUGAUCUUCAAUGUACCUCAUGAGAGUCUUUUGAACGUUGGGCAGAUUUUCUUUGUAUAAUGCUUUGGUGAUGAUAUAUACAGUAAAUCUUGUUUAUUCAUAUGAGCGAAACUGUAAAGUACAGGGUCAUGUUUGCGUGCU